GUCGCCGCUCCCUCUCGCCGGCCGGCCGGUGUCGCCGCAAGCACGCCAGUUCUCAUCUGAACCGCGUUUAUCGAGGUCGUUCGCUGUGAGCUCGCCGCUAAGUUUAGUACCGCGAAAGAAUUUUCCUUUGUCCUAAACUUCGAGGACCCUGCCCUCGUAUUAUGUUUCCGUGCGAGAGCCGCAACAAACCCCGGCCUAUUGAGGAGCCGGACCGUGUGCAUCGUACUGAAUCGUGUCAUAAUUCACCUAGUUUCCCGAAGUUCUUCGACGGUUAUCCCGCGAAACGCGUACGCCGGGCGAUCUAAGAUUUAAGUGAACUUGUUCUGUAAAAAAUUAAGCGGGUCCUCGGACAUCUCCAGACCCGCUGGCGAAGGACUGUAGUUAUAAGUGAGCACGUAAAGCAACAUGUCCACUGGAAAACGAUUGGCUAAGAGGUCCAUUAUCGGGACGAGAGUCGCCGCUCUGGGUGACGACGGUCUCUACUAUUCGGGCAUGAUCCAGGCUGUGAAGACGCCGUCCUCCUUCCCUGAAAACAAUAACUGCAUUAACCUGACGCCGAACACUCGUUAUACGGUGCGCUUUGAAGGGGGGAAAAUGAUUCGGGAAUAUCGAGAUGCCGAGUUGAUCGGGCCCGGCUUCCGAGGUAUGACCGGCGUUCGCCUGCAGCCUGGACAAAGAGUUUUCCUAACAUACAACGGGCGUGAAGUACGGGCCGACGUCUUGCACCACGAUCACGACAGCGACGAACUGCGCGUCCAGGUCCACGCUCCCGCUGCCGAGGUGCCAAUAGAAUUGAAGAAAAAACUAGAUGAAGUGAGGCUGUUGGAGUCUCGCAAAUCUGCAAGAUUGGCGGACGUGGACACUGACUUUGCUAGACUCGCAGAUAUGGCGGGUGACAGGCGUCGUGUAUCCGCCACUAUCGAAGUACCAGCCCAUCACAUGCAAGGAUCUCGGAAGCGCGGCCCGAGUAGUACUUGCGAUCUGGGGUACGGCGAUCGUGAUGACCAGAUGAAUGAAUGCAAUGCCGCUCUGGUACUGAUGUCUCUCAGUUGCUCACCAAACUCACCUCGGCCAAGUGCAUGGGGAGGUCGUUCAUCAGUCUCGCCGGGAGCCAGUAGCAGCUCUGGAUCAUCAUGGCGUUCAGGAACGCCUUCACCACCACCAGCCUCAUCGUCAUUCAGUGAUGAAGGCAUCGCCAUGGACUAUGAGGACUUACAUCCACGCAAGAAAAGGAUCAACAGCGUUGUAUUCGUUUGCACAUGGCGAGGCUGCGGCUACAACACUAAUACAUGCUCUGAUAUUGAAGCACAUAUCAGACACUCACAUUUGGGGCCAAAGAAAGAAGGCGAUAGUGACCAUGAAGAAGAGUUCUACUAUACAGAACGCGAGGUGGUCGCUCCGGCGCCGCCGCCCACCCUCUCCCACCGAGACAUGUGCCGCCCUCCACACGAGGACCCUGAGUAUCAGAGGCAACUAGUUGGUUCCUUUAGGCAAGGACUCCUCUCUACAAUGCAAAACGGUCUCGCGAGGCCCAUUAGCAUUCCCGGAACGCAUUCCUGGUCCAACUCUCACUCACCGAAAAACAUGCGACUGACAGCGGGUGGGUCUCCGGGUAGUCCCGGUCGGCGACCGCGCUCUGACAAUAAGAAGUGUAGGAAAGUGUACGGGAUGGAUCAACGCGAUCUCUGGUGCACACAAUGCAAGUGGAAGAAGGCUUGCACUCGUUUCGGUGACUAGCAUGUGCGUCGACGUACACACACGUGCCACUAUACAAACACUCAACUGACGUCACUACGUGAUCGCGUAGGCCUCGCUCGGGAGAGUCGUUCGAUUUCAUAUGUGCAAUCUGCAAAAACACUUGUGCGGGUCGUAAUUCUGUGUUGGCGUGAAUAUGAUAAAAUGAAAGUUUUAGUUUUUUUUUUAUUUGAAGCAGAUAUGGAUUUAAUGUAUUAACAAUAAAUAUUGAGGAGACAUAUUUUUGAUCCCACGUUUGCUGGUGUAACGACUGCAUAUAUAGAAAAUUGCCCACUUAUUUUUGUAGCGCAGGAGAUUCGCUUUUAUAGUUUUCAUACGCGUUGCAAGAAGUUAUUGUGUAUUGCUCUCGGUUGGAGACUGUCAAUAUUAGAUUUAAGAGUAGAAAUAUAAGCUUAGACUGACAUUUGACAAUGUGGAAACAAUCGUUUUGCGACUUGCUUAUCAACUACCAAUUAGAUGCAUCACUAUCAUUUUUACCUACAUCAUACGUAUUACAUGAUGAACCGUUCCCCAAAUUAACUGAAAUUUUAAAUAAAAAUUAUAAAAUAUAUUGGUUUGGAACAGUCACAAUUUAUAAAAAUAUUUUGGCUAUUGAUAAUUUUUAAUUUAAAUUCAGAUUCAAAUCACUGUUUUGCAAUCUCAAAUAAUACUCGAGUACAAUUUAUUGUCAUCGAUAUUUUCCGUAGCUUGUAGGUAGUAGGUAAUUCCGUCCAAAUUUUUGGAUGUGCUGUAUGUAAUCUUAUAAAAUAAAUCGCCAAAACCAUGUUUUCACAGUGUCCUAAAUUUAUAUGUUGUUUCGUAAAAAUAUUGAACUCGAGCGGGUACUAUCCGAGUACCUUGAACGAGAACAGUACCGUGAUAGGAAAUCACUAACAAUAUCGACUGAAUUACUAGGAAAUAUUUAAAAAAAAAACAUAAUAUAUGAAUUAUUAGUCUCGUAAGUUAUCUCAGAUUCGACGAAAAGACUACAAAAUAUGUUUAGAUUAAAAAAAAAACAUAUCUGUGUCGUAUACAAGGACGAUGGUAUCAGAACAAGGAGACAAUACUCAGAGGACUAGCGCCCUCGUCGCAGGCCUCGAGCUCCAUACGAUAUCGGAGGUAACAUCACAACACUAAAUCACUGGCAUUGCAUGCCUUAGUUCUCAGAAAUAUAAGACUUUACGACACGAUCGUUUUUAUUUUAAAACAUUCUCUUAGCGUUUAAAUCGAAUGAUUUAAUAACAACAACGGCGGAUGCAUGUUUGUUCAAAGCUAAGAGCUCAACAGGGAGGAAAUUUUAAUAUCGAUACGUUUGUAACGUAAUAUAUUCUGAGUAACGAAUCGAUUUUUAUUUAAUAUUAGUAAAAAUCGCCUCCAUAUCAAAUUGGUUUGACGAGUGUAGUUACUGACGGCAAUGAGAGGCAAAUAAUUGCCAAUAUAAAGGCAUGAAUGAUUGCGUGCUGCAAUAUUAUUCAAUUAAGUAUUAACAGAUAAAGUUGUAUAUAAAAUAUUAUACACUUAUAUAAUUAUAGUGUAGUUAAUUGUAAGAAACAAAUACUAUAUCUUAUUGUUUAACAUUGAAAAGCAAUGUUCGGAUGUGUACAUAACAUAAAAUUAUUAUAUUACUUAUUUUAUUAUUGUUACUUAACGUGAUCGUUGUAUCGAAAUGUUUUAUACGUUAGCUUUUAAGGUGUUGAAUAUAUGUAAUGAUAGCGAGUAGUACAUGAAAUACGGUUUUCUAUUACAAAAAACAAUACAUCACGUCCCAACAUAACAGAUACGACAGUUACCGUUUAUUAUUCGUUCUUAUAUAUAGUGUUCAAUGGUCAGUAAAAUUCACGGCGUUUGAGUAGUGUUCUUAUUAAAGUUCAGAGUAUUUAGUUUUAGUUUUCAAAAAGUUGUGCCAAUCGACGUAAACGUACCUAGGUAAUUAUCAGACAAGGUCUUAUUGUUUCAAUUUUAUUAUUCGUUUUAUGCUAGAAAAAAUCCUGUAACACAUUAUUAUUAUACUUUUUCUUUGAUCUUGCCAAACCAUACUUACCUACUUUAAACAUCCUGUGUUUUGUUUUCAAAAUUCGAAUAUUGAAAAAGAUUAAAAAUAUUUUAUCGCAGUUAUGGUUGUGACAAUGAAUUUAUACAGUUGUUAUAAAAUACGAAAUUUCUUGCGUUCUACGAAAUGCCAGAAUAAAACGUGUACUUGCAACCUAGCUAGCAAAUCGAGAACUGCCAUAUUGUAAGAAUAAUUAACAACUGAGAAUGAAUUGCAUCCACGGUUAGAAGUUGUACCCGGGAUUUUCGUUUCCAGCUUAUUAAUUUCAUAAUAGUACUUAUAACUACAAGGCCAAAUUAAUAAGUGUGGCGUAACAUGGCAAUAGUUAAAUCGCAAUCAAUUAAGACUUCCCCUUUCGCAGUUUGUUUCAAAUUUGAUUGAUUAGUUGCACAAGGCCGGCAGUGUAAUGAGUAAGAUGAGCUUCGGGUAGCCGAAAAGGAAAUAAACACCUUAAUAUGAGCGGAAAAGGUUUUUUUUUUUUAAAAUUACGCCUUUACCUUUCGUCUGUUCAUAUUUCGGUGAGCAAGAAAGCAGGUGAACGCCCACUUCUGUGUUACACGAGACCGUAAUGCCAGCACGUCAUUUGUUUCCAAUUAGCGUUACAUUACGUGCUAAACUAAAUUAAGGGACUAAAUUUUUUUGGUUACAAAUUAUUUAAUGCCAUCUCAUUGAAAUCACUAGCAAUAAUACCAAUACGAUUUCGGUAAUCGUUUCUCACACACCAUAAAAUAAUUAAAAGUAACUGAAUGGUCUACUAUCUCUAAAAAGGUUUUUUUUUUAAAGCCGCUCACACCACUUACCUACUUAUUUUUUUCCGAUGUGGAUGCACUUUAAUUUAGCGCAACUUUGAUUACAUUUAAGUCCAAGUCAUAAUAGUGUGUAAAACAUAGAUGUAAUUGAAAUGUAUUACGUAUUGUUAGUUACUUGUUCGCGUAACAAGACACGUUGGAUAAUAAUUUAUGGUAAUAAGAAAUGUUUCUUAUAUUUUUAUCAGAGCACGAUUACUGGCACACAAUACAGUAAUGAUCGGUUGUACAGAUCAAUAUUAACCGAAUUGAAAGUAUUUUAGCAAGCAACGAUAUCAGGCUUAGCAAUAGUCAGUUAGUCUUUGUUUAAAUUGCUUUAGAAAACAUUAAGUGAUUGAGGAAUCCGCUUAAUAACGAUCUCACUUGCUGUGGAAAACUGAAAAUUGAUUACUCGAAGAGAUCUAUAGACAAAGAGAACUAUGCUUGAAGUAAUCUUAAGACAAUUAGCCUUAUUACAGAUACCCGUUUAAAAAAUUGAGAUAUGAUAUUUACGAUGAAACAAUUUAUAUAAAUUUUGAGUCAGAUCUUAUUUAGUACGUACAGGGAUGAUUUAUAGAAUAUGUUAAUAUAGAUAACAGCUGUAUGACUGUCGAGAUUAUAUUUAGAAGAACAUAUAUACGCAGAUCUCAACUCUAUGUUCGAAGCUAUUAGUUAAUAUCAACUUAGAUGAAAAUUUCAUAAAUCUAUUUCUUUAUUUUCAAUUAAUUUAUAAUAGAAAAUAUUAUUUUCGAAUAAAGACACUGAUAAUUAAUUUUGUAAAUAUUAUUAAGUUACAUCAUAGUUUGUGUAGCCAAAAUUUUGCUCAAUUUUAUAAAAUGCACUCAACACCAAAGUCAUAAUACUAAACGAUCUACAUAUCAGUACAAAAUACAUAAUUAACUAUGUAAUUCAUUCCCAUUUCACAUAAAACAUUUUUCAUUUCAUAUAAUUUGAAAACCAUUUCGUAUAAUUCAAUUGUGUCGUAGCUAAUUCACGAACCGUGCUAUGGCCUCUUGGAAUACAUAUAAAGUUAAAACCAAAUAAUAAGUUCAUACUACAAAAACAGUUCAUAAUAAUUUGAUAAUAUUGUAUUUAUUAAUAGUUUUAAUCGCUAACCUCCUUCAUCAUUUUACGCAAUUAACAUUUCUUCAAACUGAAGGUACUUACUUACCUACGUAUUUAUAAUUUAAUUAAUCUCUUAGUAUAAUUUAUUUAUUUUUAAGUUUAUUCCCUUUGCAAAUUAAAGUUACAUUCAUCUACAUUAAUAUAAGGUUUGUCCUUACAUUAGCAGUGGCUAAUGCAAUAGUCAUGUGAAUUUAUAUAUAUAAAUAUGUAUAUUUUCAUAAGGUAGGUACUGUCGUUUAUAUAUGUUUGUACACGUAGGACUGUGUUAUUUAUAAAUUGAAAAGAUAUUGUUAUUGAUAAUCAAAUACAAAAAGGAAUUUACAAUAUAUCUUCACUGUAAUUUUUAAAAUACUACAAUGAAAUUAUAAAAUGUAAACUAAUGCUAAUAAAUUGUGCCUCUGUCUUUAACCUACGGUUUUAUAUUGUAACGAUUAAUAAUAAAUAUUUAUGUAAAUAUGCAAUUCAUGAUGUUAUGUAAUUUCGAAAUUGAAUUUAUAAUUAUAUCAUGAAUACGUUCCAUGUUUAUAAUCAUUUUUAAAUUACAGGAGUACAAACCGAAAACUAUUAGAAGUGUUUGAUAAUAGACCAGAUGCUUAUUACAAGUUACAUCCAUACACAAUUGGUAAUUUGUUUUACCGAAGUCUAAAAGGUUAUUUUUGCCAACGAUUAGGAAUCAGUAACAUUCCCGCGUAUUUUUGGUGCGUGGGUAAUUUCACGGUAAGCGAACGUAAUUUUGCUGUUACUUUUGUUCAUCGUCUUCUUAUAUUAAGUUUUAACUAUUAUUACAAAUAAUUCUUUUGUUGUAAUUUGAAUACCUUAAACUUUAUUUACAUAACAUUUUAAAUUUCUCUUUAUAAUUAGAAUUAAAUUUAAAAGGAAAUUAUAACUUAGGAUAAAAUUCCGUGUGGGCAAUAAUAAUAAUAAUAUAAGUUUAAACUUACAUAAUAUAUACAUAUUUAACAGAAAAUAUGUCUCCUAUAAAUUAACAUGUACCUACCAAUAUGUACUUUGUGACGACCAAGGUAGUAUAUUAUUACAUAAAACGUAGUUUACAGAUUAUAUACAUUUAAUAUGUAAUUAUAUCGUAUGUAACUUACCUAUAAAUAAGUACACAUAUAACUGCUAUUUUUUGCUGGUGAUUUUCUUCUAUACAUGCUUUCAAUAUCACUGAUUUUAAUUUUAUUGGCAGCUCAUCAUGUUUGUUUUGGAUUGCAAAUUUAAUUUGCAAAGAAUAUGUAAUUAAAAACUAAAAAUAUUUUCCAACUCGUGCUAUUUCUUCUAAAAAUAUUUAGUUAUAAAUAAAAGGUAAGUUAUCGUCUAAAGAUCGGAUAUAUCGAAUAGAAUGGUUACCAGUAGCAUUAAGGUUGCAAAAAGAAAGUUGUUUCGUAGCGUAGGUGUACUCAAUAUUUACAUAUUAAGUUGUCAAUAUCACAGCAGUUUUUGCCAAUACUGUCAGCUGAAAUCAGAACCCACUAAGAAUUGAACGCGAUUGUCUACCUAAAACUGAUUUUUACAUUCUAUUGCAUUGUUUUAUUGCCGACAAUGCGUCGUUCUCAAAGCUCAAGUGCACAUUUUAAAAGCAAUAUUAUUUAGAAAAUGUAGAAUUAAUGAGAAAUGUACUGUUUUCAAAUUUAGAAGAAAAUUUGCUGGCAGUUAAUCUACUGUGAUAUUAAUAAUUGUAUUAAAUAUUUAUUUUUCUAAAUUAUUAUUUAUAUUCUAUGAUGUUAAAAGUGAUUAUAUGUUAUAUUUUAAUGAAAUCACUAGUUUAAGAGUGUUAUUUUGAAAUGUGUUUAUAGUAUGUAUAGUAAGCGUGUUGUGUAAAUGUGUUGUUUAUUAUUUUUGAUGUAUGUCAUCAGAACGAAAAUUAACUGUAUUACAAUUACAUAACAGAAAAUUAUAUCACGUUGAUAUUUCUGAUAAAAUAAUGAUUAAUGAACAUCACAAAAAAACAGCCUUAAUAUUUUUAUCGCAGAUGUGCUCUCUAAUAAUGUUACAUAAAAUUUAAUUGCAUUUCGUGAGUGCACGAGGUCAAAUUUCGGGCCGUUUAAUGGUAACAAAUGUAUAUUUCCUUUCGAAAAUAUAAUAAUGUUAAAAAUGAAAUCUUUAUAAAAAUGUUAUUAUUUUAUGAUGAGCUACUUCAAGUAGACUAUUUGCCUGAUAUAUUAUACCUCAAUAAGUUUAGUAUGAAUUUUGUGUGUCUUGAAAAAUAUAUUUCAAUUAUUA